AUGAGCGUAUGAGGAUUUAGUUUCCUCUCGGUUUCAAAGGAUUUUGCAUACAGGUAGAGGCCACAAUGAAGUUUGAGAACAUUCUAGCAGACAUUGAUGGAUUUGGAAGAUUUCAGAUAAUGAUAAUUGUGAUCAGCUUCAUCGGUCGCUUCACAUUGCCGUGCCACUUCAUGCUAAACAACUUCAUAGCGGCUGUUCCCCCUCACCACUGCGACAUCAGCUUUCUGGAUGAUGGAGGAUUUUUUGGUAAUUUAUCUCAGGCAGAGAGGCUUAUUGUAACUAUUCCAGUCCAGGACGAUGGGACUCUUAACUCCUGUCAGAUGUUUGCAGAGCCUCAGUAUUAUCUGCUGCUGAACUCCUCCAGCAGGACUGAAGUACCAACAGUGCCUUGCCAGAAUGGAUGGGUGUACGAUAACGCCACCUUCAAGUCAACGCUGACCUCUCAGUGGGACCUGGUUUGUGAUAAAAGAGGGAAAAACAAAGCAACUGCUACAAUCUUCUUUGUUGGAGUGAUGUUUGGAGCUGUGACCUUUGGAAGUCUGAGUGACAGGUUCGGCCGAAGGAUCAUGCUGUUGGUGUCCUAUGUGUCUGGAAUGCUCUUUGCUAUUGCAAGUGCUUUUUCUACGUCCUACUUGAUGUUUGCAGUGCUGAGGUUCUUCACCGGGUUUUGCAUCACCGGCAUCGUCAUUGUCUCAGCAGUCCUCAGUGUGGAGUGGGUGGACAUCAAGCACAGGAAACUGGUUGGGGUGAUUGAUAGCUUAUCCUGGACAUUUGGGAACACAGUAUUUGCAGCUAUUGCUUACUUUGUGAACGAUUGGCGGUGGCUAAUUGUGAGUGUCACCUCACCUCUAAUCUUGGCCAUCAUCACCUGGAGGUGGAUGCCAGAGUCUGCAAGGUGGCUCAUUGCCAACGGAAAGCUGAAGCAAGCUCAGAUGUAUCUGAAAAAAUGUGCCAAGAUGAACCGAAGAGAGGAGUCAAUUCAGACACUGAACACAGAGACACUAGCAACUAUUGUUGUGACUGAGAAAAGAGAUCGGACCUAUUCCUACCUCGAUCUGAUACGAACACCAAAGAUAAGGAAACUGGCUCUACGUACUGGUAUAGUUUGGUUUUGCGUGGCAACUGCAUUUUAUGGUAUCAGCUUCAACCUCACAGGCUUCGGUCUCAACAUCUACCUCACUCAGUUUGCCUAUGCUAGUAUUGAGCUCCCAGCCAAAAUUUCUGUUUACUACUUACUGGAUAAGAUCGGCAGACGACGCACUGAAGUGGGAGCUCUGCUGAUGACUGCCGCAUGUCUUGGAAUGAACAUUGUAAUACCUAAAGAUAUGUCUGUCGUCAGGACAGUGGUGUCGGUCGUGGGAAAAGGGUUUUCUGCUGCAUCCUUUGGGACGAUUGUACUCUACAGUUCUGAGCUCUAUCCCACUGUUGUAAGGCAGAACGGUAUGGGUUACAACUCCUUCAUGGCUCGGAUUGGUGUAGCUGUGGCUCCUUUGAUUCUCUUACUGGAUGAGGUGUGGAAGGAGUUGCCUCAGGUCGUACUUUUCUCUGCGGCUGUACUUGGGGGGAUAGUGGCAAGAAUGCUGCCCGAGACACGAAACAGGUGCCUGCCAGAGACGAUAGAGGACAUUGAAAGCAGUGGUCAAAUUUGAAGUAGAAUUAUCUUCAGAUAAAGUUUGGUUGGUUGUGAGGAAACAUUGAGAGAUGGAAGGAAAACCGACGGGAGAUUAUGCUCUGUGUUAGGAGUAAAACUAAAAUAAGAUCUAUUGACAGUUAUAGGAAAAUAAAUUAAGUCAAUAUAAUAUCUUGUUAAAGAACCAAAACUGAUCCAUUUGGGGCUCCAAACCUCAGGAUGGGUAUCAAUGUAAUAAGGUGAUUUAAAUAUUUGAUGCAUGUACAGUGAUUAAAAUGUAUCCAUAAUAAAUGCCCGAAUAACCAUAUCGUAAAACUCUGUCACCUUUUUAUCUGUAUAUCACAAGAUGACUUCCAUGUAAGGUAAUACACACAGCUUUAAUAAAGUAACCACUGAGAUAAACUUACCUCA